AAUCUGCAAGGGACGGGUGUGGUAUAAAAUCCUUUCCUGUUCCUGGGUUCCUUUCAGGGGCCGCUCAAGCAUCUCUCACAGUCUCUCCACAUACAGUCCUUCAAGAUGCCUUCACGACGAACCCUCCUCGGGCUGGCGGCCACGGGCACCCUGGUCAGCGCCGGACCCUGCGACAUCUAUGCCUCCGGUGGGGCGCCCUGUAUCGCUGCGCACAGCACCACUCGUGCCUUGUACAGUGCCUAUUCCGGUCCCCUUUACCAGGUCAUCCGUGGCUCGGACAGUGCCACCACCGACAUCAAGCCGCUCACCGCGGGUGGGGUUGCGAAUGCUGCCGCCCAGGACACCUUCUGCUCUGGCACGACCUGCCUGAUCUCGAUCAUCUACGACCAGUCCGGUAGUGGAAACGACCUCACCCAGGCUCCUCCGGGCGGCUUCGAUGGGCCCGAGUCCAACGGCUACGACAACCUGGCCAGCGCGAUCGGCGCCCCCGUCACGUUGAACGGACAGAAGGCGUACGGUGUCUUCGUCUCGCCCGGCACCGGCUACCGCAACAACGAUGCCAACGGCACUGCCACCGGCGAUGAGCCCGAGGGCAUGUACGCGGUCCUGGACGGCACGCACUACAACGACGCCUGCUGCUUCGACUACGGCAACGCCGAGGUCAGCAGCACCGACACGGGCAACGGCCACAUGGAGGCCAUCUACUACGGUACCAGCAAGACCUGGGGCUAUGGCUCGGGCAGUGGCCCGUGGGUGAUGGCGGAUCUCGAGAACAACCUGUUCUCCGGGCAGGCGGAGGGCCUGAACUCGGCGGACCCGUCGAUCUCCUACCGGUUCGUGACGGCGGCGGUCAAGGGCGAGCCCAACCAGUGGGCGAUCCGCGGUGGCAACGCGGCCUCGGGCUCGCUGACGAGCUACUACAGCGGCGCGCGGCCCACGGUGAGCGGCUACAACCCGAUGAGCAAGGAGGGGGCGAUCAUCCUGGGGAUCGGCGGCGACAACAGCAACGGCGCGCAGGGCACCUUCUACGAGGGGGUGAUGACCUCGGGCUACCCGUCGGACGCGACGGAGAACUCGGUGCAGGCCAACAUCGUGGCGGCCAAGUACGCGACGACCUCGCUGACCAGCGGGUCGGCGCUGACGGCGGGCUCCUCAAUCUCGCUGCGCGUCACGACCGCGGGGUACACGACCCGCUACCUCGCCCACAACACCACCAACGUCAUCACCUCGGUCGUCUCCUCGUCCAGCUCCUCCACCCUGCAGAAGCAGGCCAGCUGGACCGUCGUCGCGGGGCUGGCCAACUCCGGCUGCUUCUCCUUCGAGUCCGUCGACACCCCCGGCAGCUACAUCCGCCACUACAACUUCGAGCUGCUGCUCGCCGCCAGCGACGGCACCAAGCAGUUCAACGAGGACGCCACCUUCUGCCCGGAGUCCGGCCUCAGCGGCUCCGGCACCUCCAUCCGCUCCUGGAACUACCCCACCCGCUGGUUCCGCCACUACAGCAACGUGGGCUACAUCGCCAGCAACGGCGGCGUGCACACCUUCGACUCCAAGACUUCGUUCAAUGCGGAUGUGACCUGGUCGAUCAGCUCGGGCUUUGCGUCCGCGUAGAUUGAGGCCGAGGCAUCUGGGAUGACUGGACGGGAGGGGGUUGAUGUGGAUGCUUGAUGCGCAUGUGGAAGACCUUUCGAGGUGGGCCUUGUAAAUAUGUUGUUAUCUUCAUUACGAGUACAAAUUCAGGAUACCUUGGACUU